UUAAAGAUUAUCAUGAUGAAAAAAAUGGCAUUCACUACAAUAAGAAUAAUUGUGAUUAUGAUAACUAUCGAUUUUAUAAUCUUUUUCAUUUUUCCUUAAAAAAUAAAAAGAAUCAUAACAAAAGAUAUAUGAUUAAAUACACUAGCAAAGAAGAAAAGAAAACGAAUUACAUACAAAUAUUACUAAUACAAAAAAAAAAAAAAUUAUUCGUUAAUAUUUCAAACAUUGUAGAUAAUCUCAUACAAGUCAAAGGAAAGAUAAACAUGAACAUUCUACAUAAACAAAAUCAAGAUAUUAAAAAAACAGAAGAAGAUAUAUCAACAUAUUGUAAUAUGAAUGAAACGCUUAAGUGUAAUGUGAUCUCUCCAAAAAAUGUGUGUAACGAAUCUCAUAUAGUA